AAGAUAGUUAUUUCAGACUCAGAAAGUAGUGAGUCUCAGCAGUCUUUCAUGAUUCCUUUAUGUUUCAUUCAGUAACUCAGGAUACCUUUGCUUUCAAGAUGCAUCAAGGUUUCCUGCUUUGACUUUGCUUCCGAGCCAAUGAAUAUCCUGGCAUGAAAAAAACAGGAGUAAUGAGAAACUUAUUUUCCUGAUGGCAAAAUGAACUGUUUAUGUUUAUGAAACUUGAAAGCAUUUGAAUGGAUUCUGUUAGGACACAAAGGAUUGUUUUUGAGAUGUUUUUUUGAGGAUAAUGAUCUACAAACUGGAAAGAUAGAACAGACAUGAUUAAGAAGAACUUGAAGCUCAAGAUAGGUGAGGAUGUAGUAAGUGAGCACCUAGCUGAUUUAAAUGAUUCUCCAAGCUCAGGCGAAUUACAUCCAGGAAACCGAAAGAUCUUGCAGAUGUGAUUGUGGAACCAUGAUCAGAAAUCUUUGAGGCCUCAUGGACACUGGAAGAAGUGCCAAAAAACUGGAGGUAACAUUUCACUUGUUGCAUUUCCAGUUUCCAGCACCAAUUCAACAUCAAAAAUUUUACCAAAAACCUUAGGACCAAUAAAUGUGAAUGUUGGACCCCAAAUGAUUAUAAGCACACCACAAAGACUAGCCAGUUCUGGAAGUGUUCUGAUUGGGAAUCCUUAUAGCCCUGCACCAGCAAUGGUCACUCAGACACAUGUGACAGAACCCACUGGCUGGGUUCCAGGGGAUCGAAAACGUGCUAGAGAGUUUAUAGACACUGGUUUUUCAGAAAGCAAAAGAAGCAAAAAAGGAGAUAAAAAUGGAAAAGGCUUGAGACAUUUUUCAAUGAAAGUAUGUGAAAAAGUUCAACGCAAAGGAACAACUUCAUAUAAUGAAGUGGCUGAUGAGCUGGUAUCAGAAUUCACCAAUUCAAAUAAUCAUUUGGCAACAGAUUCACUGUGGAUGUUGAGAAGCACAGGUAUUCUAGCUGUGAUUGAUAAUCAUCUUGUGGGGGACAAGACCACCAGCUCAAAUAAAUCAAGGAGAUUUUUCAAGGCUUAUGAUCAGAAGAAUAUUAGGCGAAGAGUUUAUGAUGCCCUCAAUGUGCUAAUGGCAAUGAACAUAAUUUCAAAGGAAAAAAAAGAAAUAAAAUGGAUUGGGCUUCCUACAAAUUCAGCCCAGGAAUGUCAAAACUUAGAGAUAGAGAAACAACGGCGAAUAGAGCGGAUAAAGCAGAAGAGGGCUCAGCUGCAGGAACUUCUAUUGCAGCAAAUAGCUUUUAAAAAUCUAGUACAAAGAAAUCGACAGAACGAACAGCAGAACCAGGGCCCGCCAGCUCUGAACUCUACAAUACAGCUACCUUUUAUAAUUGUCAAUACAAGCAAAAGAACUGUCAUAGACUGCAGCAUCUCAAGUGACAAGUUCGAGUAUCUUUUUAAUUUUGACAAUACUUUUGAGAUCCAUGAUGAUAUAGAAGUAUUGAAACGGAUGGGAAUGUCUUUUGGCCUGGAAACAGGCAAAUGUUCACUUGAGGACUUGAGAGUUGCUAAAUCAUUGGUGCCAAAGGCUUUAGAAGGAUAUAUCACCGAUAUGUCUACAGGACCUUCAUGGUUGAAUCAGGGGCUUCUUUUGAAUUCAACCCAAUCAGUUCCAAAUUUAGAUCUGACCAGUGGUUCCAAUUUAUCACAAUCAAGUGUAAACCAAGGGUUUUGUUUGGAUGCUGAAGUGGCCUUAGCAACUGGGCACUUCCUUGCCCCAAGCAGUCAGCAAUCCAGCAGCGCGACAUCCCACUAUUCUGAAUCCCGAGGCGAGACCCCCUGUUCUUUCAAUGAUGAGGAUGAAGAUGAAGAUGAUGAGGAUCCCUCAUCCCCAGAAUAAAGACAGUAGAAAAGCUAAAUUUUACAAAAUGCUGCUCGUGUGUGUUUUUAGUGUGAGCUCUUAUUCUUGAUGUGAUUGCUUCAGCUCUUGCCUUUGUUUGCACUGUGUAUUCAGUGACAGAAACACAACUAAAGACAUCAGAAUUCAGAUGAUUAGGAUGAAGUUUAACAUAGUACGAAUGAAGACUUGGGCCAUACAAAGCACUAGGACAUAGCGCAAACAAAGUAUCUUUGCCUCUAUGACUGAGGUAAAGAAAUCCCUGAAGACCUUGCAAAGUGAAUGAAAUUCAGCUACCUUCUGAAAUGUGGGACCAUUGUCUUCUCCCACCCCCACAUCAUCCUUCUCAGCACUGAGAGUGCAACAAGGAAGAUUCCUUAGCCAAAAUACUUCUCUUGCUCAUAUCGUUUGGCUGUGCUGUUGUUAAAUGCUGAGAUGACCAUUUACAGUUAUGCUUUUUGUACUGUAUGAAUGAGGUACCUAGAAUGUUUGUUCAACUGACUCUAGAAAUCGAAGUCUUAAAGUAGUAUUGAGUGAUGACUUUUCUUGAAGUAGGAAAGCCUGUUUAAUGAUAUGUGUCACUUACCAGCCACUUUAGAUAUUUGUCAAGGAGGUAGGAAGAACAGCUCAAUAAUUUUACUUCAAUGAUAUUUCAGAUAUAACUUAUCACAUUCAAAAACUGGAAUUAGGAUAGUUAGCCAAUGCAAGCAAAAGAAUUUAUUAGGGCUAUUUAUGGAAGACAAAAGAACUCUAAUAGCAUUUCCAUGUAUAUAUUUGCUAGCACUGCCUUUUGCCAGUGCCUACGACGUUGGAAUUUUACAGGGAAGGAAACUAGAAAUAGCUUUAAUCAAACUAUUACCCAAUGCAAAUUCAGGCAGGUUGUUUUUGUUUUUGUUUUUUUAAAUUUAAAAUAAGAAUAGAAAAACAGCUCAAGUUUUGAAAUGCUUGCUUAUAUUUCAUUUGACAUUUCAUAUUGUCAUGUCAAAAAUUUGUGAAACAAAGCAAUUGACUUCAGUUUUGUCAUAAAAGAAAAUAUCUGAAAAAUGCUAAUCAGUAAAGUAAGCCCACCUGCACUUUUAUUACAUUACAUUUCAUUAUUCCUAUUGACCUCUUAAUUACAUUAGACCUCUUAAUGAGUAUGUUGCAUCUCUCAUGAACUGACCCAUAUUUUAGUUUCAUAGAAACUUCAUAGAAUGUUAAGUGCUUCCAAAUUAUUGGAUUUAGAAUGGGUAGAGUGUUUCAUAGCCAAAGAUGCUGUUAGGAAUACUACAUUAUUGAAUUCUGUUGCUAUUUAAAAGGAAGAGUGCAAGGGGGAGAGAAUCUUUAGAUCACAAACGUAAAAGAUUUCUCAUUGUGGUAUUAAAGCUAUGAGUAAGGAAGAGGGAGAAGGCCAAAAAUCAAAGCAAAAUUCCACCCAUGUGCCUAGGAAUCCCUUAGCUCUGCCCUCUUUCUACUCUCAUUCAAAUCAAAUCUGAACUCCAGGAAAACAGUCAAAUGUAAACCAUUUGAAAUCUUCCAGUGGUAACUUCUCUAUAUGUCUUAAAACAUCAGAAAAACAAAUUAGAUUUACCAGUAUCUUAGCAGUUUGGAGAACUCAUAUGAAACUAUGCACAAGAUUCUUAACCUGACAUUUAAAUAGACACAAUGUGAUACCAUUUUAAGUUGGAGAAAUAACCAAAGCUUCUGUAUUGUGGUAUAACAUGUGGCUAUCCAAAAUAUUAAAAAUAAAAGUAAACCCUAUACUAUUCAAAAUAAGAAAUAUAUAUAAUAUUAAUAUGAAAAUUAAUUUGGGGGCUGUAAAUAUCCUCAAUUUGAAGAGGACAGACAAUAGACAAUAAAAGGAGAAAUUACUUUUAAAUGUUAAUUUUGUGGGAGGCAAAGGAAUAAGCGAUUUGAAUAUUGUCUUUUAUUGGGGACUUAAUACAUAUGGCUUACUCUGGUAUCUGUCCUCCUAGAAAAGUUACUGAUCUCCUAGCUAUAAAUUGGAUACUUCAUAGGAUAUUUUUUAAGUUAUAAGGGGGUGGCGGGGAGGGGUCAAUAUUUUGUAGUGCAGUGAACGCCUAGAAUGGCCUCAGAUCUUUAGUAAGGCUCAGAAACUCCACAAACAAGGACUAAGGUCCUUGAUCCACUGGAGGGAAUGUUCUGUCAAAAUUAUGUAAUUACUAUAAGUUUAGGUAGUUUAGGGAUCAGGAAGAUAACAUGAUGAUGUCUUAGUCCUAGUUUCUUGAAUAGAGAAGUCAUCUUGGCAUGGAUUUGGGAAAAGACCUUCCAGGCAGGCUUACAGAAAGUGGCCAUAAAGCUAGCAGACUUCAAAAAGCCCCCCUACUCCCUCAAAUAUGGGACAAGUCUACACUGCUUAUUUCUGUGACUAAGAAAUUUGGAGUGAGGAUGAUGGGAUGAGUGAAACCCAGGGACAGAAAACUGCCUUUUGACUAUGAGGUGGAAUAAACUCUUUCAUUCACUUCAAACAGCUUCCAAAUAUUUAGACUGCAUGAAAACAGCCCCUCCCAUCCCCACCCCCGCCCCUCUGUACUCUCUAAGAAAAGCCUGAGGGAAAAGUGUGGUACUUCCAGAAUCUACAAAUGAUUUUUCAUAGUUGUGUAAUUUUCAGAUUUCAUACUUGUUCCCCCUUUCUCCACUGGACCUGUUGCCUCCUCCUUUCCUUCUCUGCUUCCAAAGCUCCGGCUUGAACAGGAUCGCUUUAGUUUCUACCACAAAGACUUAAAAGCCACUGUGUUCACAGUUGGUUUCCACAAGACCCAGGUUCCUUAUCUCUAGACCUGUUGCAUAAUUAUCAGGGUUUUUAAAAGUAAAGCACGUGGUCAAAUAUCAAACCUCCAUGUGUUUCCAGAAUUAUUCUUUCAUCCAUCUUUGAACAUCCUGUUGAAUUGGUAACUUGGAGAUCUCGCAAAUUCUGGCAGCCAGUUAAGAGUCUUUUCAAAAAUCUUUAGAUUCUUUUGGACCAGAAGAUGUCUUAGGAGCCUAUAAUAACCUGCUCACGUUUCUAUUAAGGCAGCUGAGGCAGAAGUUAAGGGACUUGCCCAAAAUCACACAGCUGGUCAGUGGCAGAGAGGAGACCUGGCCCUCGCAGGUCGCUCUUAAAUUGUCGCCAGGACGAGAAGAGGCCAGUGGGGAUGUUUGUUGGAAUGUUAUUGUUACCUAACUCCCCAGCAUGCCAAAUGAGAGGAAGAAGAGGAAUAUGAGAGCUGGAUCAUCUUUCUAUUUAGGUUCUUGUGUGUGAAGGAAGUCUUGGCCCCUUUCAGAAAGUGCCCAGUAUCGGGGUCCUUUGGCUCUAAAGGAGCCUUCCCUGUAGAUUGUCCCUUUUACCUGUUGACAGUGGAGGGCAGCCCUCUCAGGUACACCACAACCAAGGGCUUCUUUCUCUGUGAUUACUCUGCUCUCAGUCUGACAAGAGCUCAGCAUCGUUGUGGAGGAAGCUUUAAAAACUGCAGAGCAAUUUGCACAGAAAAGAACUUCUAAAGAAAACAAAAAUCUUCACACGUUUAUCUCCCCCACCCUCCAUCACCACCAAAUGUCCUGAAAAAGGCCAUGGUGGGCAUCGAAGUCAGAUUUACUUACACUUGUUUCCCCUAAGUCUGAGCCCGUCUCUCCCUUCAAAGCCAUGUUAUGUCCUGGUGAUCACAAGCUACUUCAGGAAGCGUUAAGAUGGAUGGCCUUGUUGCCAUGGUUGAGUAGACCACAUAGGAGUAAGGAAUGAUUUUCGAGCACGUUGUUCUGGCCUUAUAACCUAGAAUCAGAAGGGACCUGAAAGGUCGUAUCCAGUUGUUUCAUUUGCUACAUGAGAAAAGUGGUCAGGAGCAGAGACCAGAUUUGAACUUGGGCCCUGUGUCUUUACAUCAUUCCUUGCCCUGUUCUGUUAGAAAUGUGCCCCCUUUUCCCUCUGCUCUUGAGAACACACUUUCCCUCAAUAAUUUCAUAAGUAAUUAAUGGCUAUGUUCACUUGCUUCCUUCUAUUUUAUUCUGGAGUUUUCUCACCAGAAGAGGUUUGCUUACCCUAUUAGGAAAAUAAAGCAGUGACUCUACUUCAGUGUGCACUGGGGAGAUGUUAUUAGUCACCCUCUGUGUUCACAGCUCUGAUUUCACAGACAACUCGUUCAAGUAUUUCUUGAACAAAUUUGUCAAUGUAGACAUAAUCCGAUAUACCCAAUCUCCCUCCUUAAUGAAUAAAUGUGAGCUGAAAAAGACCUUAGAGACCGCUCAGUUCAAUAUCUUCAUUUAGCAAAGGAGGAAAUAACUCUGGGAACAGUGACUGCCCAGACAAUGUAACAUGGCGGUAUAUUGCCAAAGAUCCUGGUAGUGAAUUAUCUGAUUACUCGACCUAGGGACUUGGAGCUGUCAAGUAAUGAUCCUGGGAAAUAAUUGUGGCCAGAAUUGUUGUGGUUGGCAUGGGUGUGGCAUCUGCUUCUAAGUGAGUUGCUGUAGCUAGACUUAAAACUUUGUUUUUUCAUUAAUAUUCCAAAAAGUGAGGGAGAGUUUAACUAGGAUGAAUAUUACACAUUCAAAAACAAGUCAGGAGGUUGGCACUGUCUCCAGGAGCAGUCUCUGGGUGACCUGAAAAUUAGAACUAUAAACACCAAAUAAAUUUGGAGAGAAUUCACUAUCAAGUGUUUUGAACUUAAACUAUGAUUGGGUUACUAAAGUUCUGUUUAUGGCCACCUGUUCAGAAGCACUUCUGUUAUAUAAAAUAUAUACCUUUCAUAGUCAGUUGGUUCUCACCAAAGAAAAACUUUGGCAUUGUGGAUUAAUAUAAAUCAGUAUAAUCUAGGCACAAAUUCCACUUGUGAAUAAAUAAAGAGUUGGAAAAGACCUUAGAAAUUAUUUAUGGCAAUAAACACAGAUUGAGAUGAAACUAGAUUUAUUUGAGAAUCCAAACUUCAAAUAGUUCCAUAAAAUCUGCUAUCUAAAGGGCCCUUCAAAUUCCAAAAUUAUAAUGUAUUUCAGGCAUAUACUUACGUAUAUAUUUGUAUAAUUUCUCAGGCAUUACCAUAACCAUUUUAAAAUUAGAUAUCUUUAGAAAGUUUUAAUAGUAUUAUAGAUUGUUUAAAACAGACUAGUAGUUGCGGCAUCUAUAAACCAAGAAAUGUUUCAAUAUGUUUGAGUCUUAAUCAGUAAACUCUCAGUCGUCAUUUGUUUUCUCCCAGAUGGAGCUGUAGAAAGUGACAUCAAAAGGAAGAAUUUCCAUAAAGUGUGUAUCAUUCCGUUGUCCAGUUCCAAUAUUUUGAUGCAAAGACAACCUACUUGAACUUGUACAGGAACUUGCUUUGUCAGAAAUAGAGAGAAAUCAUAAAGACAAGUUACCUAAAGUAGCUUUCCACAUUGAACUCUUUGAAUGUACUGAGGGAUCCCAUCAGAGACCCAUGUGGUUAAUUAAAUUUUAUGUAAAACCUGAAGUGCAAGGCCUGAAAAGAAACAUUACUAUUCAUUUACCUUGUACCUCUUCAGUACAAGCCACUAUAAGAAUACAGCCAUGAAUCCCAUGGUCUCUGCCUUGAGAAACUUAAGGAAAAAAAAGAGUCAAGGUUAUGACAGUCAGAACACAUAUAAUCAAAAUUCCACCGAAACUCAGGAAGCUUCUAUCUAACCCCAAGAUGAUGGCACAAAGUGGGAAGCCAAAUAUUUCUGCUUAGUUUUCAUUGAAACUAAACAGUAACAUUAGUUUUCCAAACGUCACAAUUUUGCCUUCUUAAUAUAUACUUUUCCUUA